AUAUUCUUGGCAUAAAUGUCGUUCUCGAUGAGAUUGGGGCAGGCUCCACAAGCAAUUUCUUUCUUGAGCUAUCUGAAGUUUCAUCAAGGAUUGCGAGGACCAUUUCUUGUGCUUUGUCCUUUGAGCGUAACAGAUGGUUUGGUGUCAAGGAAGGUCCUGAGAGACAACAUCCAAGGAAUCACCAAGCCUGCGAUCAGGCGUCUCGCUCGCAGAGGAGGAGUGAAGAGGAUCAGCGGGUUGAUCUACGAAGAGACGAGAGGGGUUUUGAAGAUCUUUCUCGAGAACGUGAUUAGAGACGCCGUGACUUACACGGAGCAAGCGAGGAGGAAGACGGUUACGGCGAUGGAUGUUGUUUACGCUUUGAAGAGGCAAGGUCGCACUCUUUAUGGGUUCGGCCGGUUUUAGAUAAACAGGUUCACUCCAAAACUUGAAGUUCUUAGGUAUAAUGGUGAUAAGGAUUGCCGUAGGUAUUUGUGUAAGGUAAUGUAUGAUCAUGUCAACAAGAGCUCUAAGGGGAGAGUUAAAGUUUUUUGUGUUCUCUAGAACUUGGGUUUAUUUACAGACAGAACUCUGUAACCUGUAAUUCUUUUUGAAUUUAUGCAAAAGUUAACC